AUGGCCACUACCGCGAGACAGGCGAAGCCCCCCCGCAAGGGUCCUGACCCCAACGCCCGUCGUCCCCCGACUGGCGCGUGGAGCGGACAGCGCUCGUCGCCCACCUUUUCUCCUGGCCCGGCCAACGCCCGUCUGCCCAACGGCAACCAGCAAGGUCCGCCUAGUGCCUUCCCGCCCCUUGCGAACGGCGGCGCCCGCCCCGCCCCGGUCGACGCCAACCACACUCGCAUACUGACGCAGAUCUCGGGUCUAACGGGUACUACGGUCACCAUCUCGACCAAGACCAACACUCGCAUCGAAGGCGUCGUGCUCUCGACCCAGGCUGAGGGCGACACUACCGGUGUCACUCUCAAGGACGCCAAGGAGGUCACCAACCCAGGCGCCCCGCUCAAGGAGACGUUCUUCAUCGCCGCGACCAACAUCCAAGAGUGGUCCUCGGGCCCUGCUGAUGCGAAGAUUCCCAACGGCGCCGACAGCUUCAAAACCGACACCGAUAUUUCCAAGACCGGGCCUCGUCAGGAGCGCCAGCUUCAAGCCUGGCAGCCAGACUCGGGCGACGCGGCCACCGCCGCAGCCGGCGCUGUCAGUACUCGUAACCUUGACGAGGUUACUUUCGGUCCCGGAGCCUCCGGUGGUUCGUGGGACCAGUUCGCGGUCAACGAAGAACGCUUCGGCGUCAAACUUCGCUUCGACGAGGAGGUUUACACCACCAAACUGGAUAGGAGUGCGCCUGACUUCAAGGAGCGGGAGCGGAAGGCGCAGCAAGUUGCGAAUGAGAUCAUGAGCUCCACCACCACUAAUGUCCACAUCGCCGAGGAACGGGUCAUGAAUCUGACUGGGGAUGGUUCCGGUGCAAACGAGGAAGACAAGUACGGUGCCGUUGUUCGCGGUGCCAACGCCUACGUUCCCCCGGGCGCUCGUGGAAAGUCGCAAGGCCCCGCCACUACGCCUCCCGCAAAGUCGGAGGUCCCCAAGGUGGCGGUUAACGCCCCUGACGGGACGAGUGUCACUCCCAGCGGAACCACGGCAUCGACUCCUUCCGCGAGCAAGGUGCCUUCACCCGCUCCCGGUGCUACGGGCACUGCGAAGCCGGUGGACGCGUUCAGAAGUUUCGUCUCCAACGAGAAGGACCGCCUCAUCAAGAAGAAGCAAGCGCUCAUGAAGAGCGAGAUGGACAGACGUCUCUCUGAUCUUGUCAGCUUCUCCAAGUCUUUCAAGUUGAACAAGCCCAUUCCCGAUGACCUCGUUCCCAUUCUCGCCAAGGACGAGGACAAGCAGAAGCAGAUCAAGGAGAAGUCCUCAAAGGAUGCCGAAGACUCCCGUGCUCGUUCCAUCGGCGUUUUAUCGACUCUUGCGGCCGCGCCUGGUGUGCGAAAUGUUCCGGUUGCGGGCAGCAAAGGCGAUACCAGCCGCGCUGUCCCGUCGAAGCAGUCCAGCACCGCCAGCGCGAUGCAGAAGACCUCGACAGCGCCGGGCAAGCCUGGCGACGGCUCCAAGAAGAUCCCAAUGGUCAUCCAGACCAUCCCUCCGUUCAAGGGCAAGCGCACGUCGACUGCCGCUGCACCCACGCUCCAGGUUGCCGCCGGCGUUGCCCCCGCGCCCGCGUCGAAUGGCAGUGCGAAGCCUCCGGCAAGCCCACUGUCGCCGGCGGCGCAGAACAGGUUGAACGUCAACGCUUCUUCGUUCCGGCCUAUCAAACCAUUUUCUCCCGGCGGAGGCUCGGGCGCAAAUGGUGCGACGUCAUCGUCGACACCCACGAACAAGCAGCAAUCAGAGAAUUCGUCGCCGCAAGGCCCUCCGAAUCCCUUCUUCGGCACGCGGUCGCUUAAGAAGACGCCCCUCGUUCACGUCAAGGACGAUUUCAACCCGUUCAAGCAUCACAAGGUUAUCGAAGCUGCCCAAGUUGCUCCGUCGUGGCCCUUCAACGGCAAGCGCUACAUGCACGUCUUCCCUCCAAUGCAAGCCCAGCCUCAGCAGCAAUCGCCGCCGAUGGCGCCCCCCGGUCCUCCGGGUCCGCCACCGCCAAUGCCUCAAGAGCAAUACCAGCAGGAAGACCCCGCUGCACAAGCGGCGCGUGCGGGCUACGUGUACGCGUACCCGCCAUACGCAUACCCCGGACAGAUGGUACCCCAGAUGAUGCCUGGCAUGGGUCCGCCGCCCCCGGGUGCUUACAUCCCUGGUCCAUAUAUGCAGCCUAUGCACUACCCUAUGCCUCCACCAAAUGGGAUGUACCCGCAUGGGCAGAUGCCUCCUCCUCAAGCAUACAUGCAGCCCCCGCCUGGUGCCUAUCCUCCUCCUCCCCAGCCCAACGGCGGCGGUCCUCGUCCUUCCAUGCCGCCUACCCCGAUCCCGGCGCAUGCGCACCCUUACUACCACCACCAAAGCCCUCAACUGCAACAUGCCAUGCCGUACCCGAUGAUGAUGCCUCCUCCUGGGUCCGUCCCGCCACAUGGGUACGACCCCAACCAGCAGCCACCUCCGGUUCCCAUGGGCGGCGUCAGCCACGCCUAG